AUCUGGACUCGACCACAACCACACACUCCAGCUCUCAGGAUAGCACCGGAAUAGUAUCGAUAGCUCCGUACCUGACCAUCACCUGGUAUAUCAGUACUCGUCAUCACUGCGGCGCCGUACUUCCAUCUCAACUCACACCAUUACACCUCAGCUCAGGACCAUCUCUGCCAUCUUCAAGUGUCCGGACCAAGACAAGCCGCCAAACUCUUCUCGAUGCGCCAAUCGCAGUUGGACUGGGAAUACUAGGAUGAUGCCCUUUUCAACACGAGCGCUACUCCACAGAUCAGAAGCGACAGCUUGCAGCCACUCGAGUCGGUCGAGACUGCCUCGUACCCAUCCAUGAUGGCCUCCGAUAACCGUUCGUCCUGGUCCACAACUCCCUUUGGAUACGAGUUCCCCUACCAGCCCAACGAUCCCCCAUCGGGCCCGCCUCUGCUUGACCAAGACGAAUCUACCACUCUCCAGAACUUCUUCAGCGAUCCUGACCACUAUGGAGGGCCCGACAGCAUGCCCGAGUCCAUCUUGGCAAACCUGAACACCCUGCCGGACUCGAGCUUUCAGCAGUUCGACCAGCUCAGCGACACUCAAUGGAUGUAUCCUACCAGCGAUCAGUCAUAUCCUGUUUCAUACCCCACUCAAGAGCAAGCAUACCAGUACCAGAACGGCGAUUACAGCCAGCGGACUUUCCAGAUCCCCAAGGACCCCAAGGAUCUGCUCGCCAUCGUUGGUAUACCCGAAGCGAAUGCCUCUGCGGAUGUGCUUCAUGCUGCGUCGACGUUGUUUUCGUACCGUGCAAACUCGACUCAAGGAGCUCAAGGAAAUCCGGGAACUCAUAGACUCGGUUCCGGAAGCUUCCCUGCGCCCGUAGCUCAACAGCAGCCAAUGGCGCAGCACGAAAGCCGACAUGCGUCGUUUCCCUUCACAGUCCCCACGGCGACUAGCUCCUCGACCUCCCAGUACCCCUCGACGAACGGCCACUUUCGUGCUUCAUUCGACAACUCGACAACAAACGUAAACUCACUUCCCCAUUCCCACUCUUCUUCCUCCCACCAAUCCAGUACCCCUAUGUUCCACUUUGGCACAGACAACAACUUUCGCCAAUCCGGUUACGCUGCCCCCUAUCAAGGUCUCGAAGACGCUCUCACCCAACAACAAGUCGAUUUCGCGCGCAACAUGGUCCACUCCUCUAACGACGCCAUGUCUUCUGUUGAGAAUUCUGUGCCUCACACCCCUGACCUGACCAGGGGUACUCACAGCUACUACCCUGCCAACAUGCAGCCCUUUGCCACCCUCGCUGAUCAGAUUUCCACUGGAGAGUCUGACCGCUCCAAGACCAAGAAGCGUCGCAAGUUCAAGAUCCCCGAUGAAGACGAGUUUGACACAUCCAUCACCUCGCCUGCAUUCCAGGUCACCAACAACUCGAGCCCUGAUGGCGACAACACUGUUGCUGACUCUGACGACAAUGAUGGCGAGAGCAACAACGUGCCCAAGUCUACUGGCAAGCGUCGCAGAGCUUCCUCUGGCGCCAACAGCAAGCUUAGCAGCAUCGCUCGCAAGAACCUCACUGAAGAUCAGAAGCGCAGCAACCACAUCCGCUCUGAGCAGAAGCGCCGCAACAUCAUCAAGCAAGGUUACGAAGAUCUCAACGAAAUCGUCCCCAACCUCAAGACUGGUGGCUUCAGCAAGAGUGCCGUUCUCACUGAGACCACCCGUUACCUCGAGGAGAUUGAUUCUGGCAACGACGCCAUGGAGAAAUUCCUCCGCAAGCUCGCUGCCCAGAGAGGCAUCAAUUUCGACGACAUGUUAUAAUCUUGAGCGGGCGUUUACGGAGUUCUCUUGCAUCUUCUGGAGUUCUGCGCGGCAAUGGGCAUCUUUUCACUGGAAAAGCAUGCUAGUGUCCUUCCCCUUUUCUUUGUCUUUCUUUGAUUUGUUUUCUUUCUUCACUUUGAGCUUUUUACUGUUUUCUUCUUCACUCUGCGAGUUCUGCGAAUCUGAUGAUUGAUGCUCAACACGACACAGGACAAAGGGGGUCAUCACACAUCAAAAUGGAGCAAUCGUCUUUCUGUUUUUUUCCUUUUCCUUUGUUCUUGUUUUUACUUGCUUUACUCAUAACGGAAAUCAUCGGAGAGGAUACUGUGCACAUAAAAACACACGAAAAACACAAAAAAACCAGAGGGGCAAAGGGCGAUGGAGCGGGUUCUUCAUGGGGUCAUUGAGCAUUGCGUUGGGGGAAAAUUCUGCGUUUUU